AUGAGCUUCCCGACCGACGCGGCGGAGUUUGAUAGCGAUCCGCGCAUCUCGUUCUCGAGACCGGACGACGCGUUCCUACUGGAGACAAGCGACGGUCGCGAGUUCUUGUGGAACAGUAUUCUGAAGAGAUGGGUUGAAACGAUUGACGAGGCGCUCAUCCGCCAGCAGCAGGGGUAUGGCCCAGACGAUGGCGACACUGAAAUUGUCCAUCCGCGUGACCGUAAGAAGCGAAAGAACUCGCAUGAUGAAGCCAAUGAACCCAAGGUCAAGAAGCCCCGUGUGAACACCGCUGUGUGGGUUACCAAUAUUCCCCAUGACGCCGAGCUGUCUGAGAUUUAUCAGCUGUUUAGCAAGUAUGGAAUCCUGAUGGAGGAACUGGACACUGAAAAGCCACGUAUUAAAAUGUACAAUGACGAAAAUGGCAACUUCAAUGGCGAGGCUUUGGUUGUGUACUUCAAACCGGAGUCAGUCAAGCUUGCGAUUGACGUGCUCGACGAGACGGACUUCCGACUGGGUACCCGUAACCCAGAUGGACCGAUGCGCGUUCAGGAGGCCGACUUUUCGUACAAGCGUCACAAGGAUGUGGAGCCAAAGGCUACCAUGACCGCGAAAGAAAAGCAGAAGUUCAAGGAGCGCACGGAGCGAUUGAAUAAGAAACUUUCCGACUGGGGUGAUGAUGAGGCCGAGGAGACCUUAAAGGCGAUCCAUGCUGCCGAGGAGGCCAGACGACAUGUGAUCAUGAAACACAUGUUUACACUGAAGGAGCUGGAGGAAGAUCCCCUCGCCAGUAUUGAGAUUGCAGAUGACGUUCGCAGCGAGUGCUCCAAGAUUGGUGACGUGACCAAAGUCGUGGUCUGGGACGGAGAAGCUGAUGGUGUUGUUACCGUUCGAUUUGUGUUAACCGCCGACGCACGCCGCUGUGUUCAGACCAUGCACGGGCGCUACUUCGGAGGCAAUACUGUUCUUGCUUACAUCUGGGAUGGAGAUGAGAAGUUCAAAAAGUACAAGCCCCGACGGGACGCAGAGGGCAAAAUGGUGAACCCUCUGGAUGCAGAAAUUGAGGAGAACGAGCGCCUUGAGCGGUACGGAGAUUGGCUGGAAAGCGGCGAAAACCAGAAGACCGACAAGGACCAGGAAACCGCCAAUGACAAGACCGCCGAGGAGGAGACCGUCGGAGAGGAGACAAACAAGAGUCAGGAAACUGGCACGAACUAG